CCAUGACCUCCCUUGUUCGUGGGUGGCACGUUACCUUUGCAUCGUUUGCGAACAGCGGCGAUGUCACUAAAGGCCAUCUCCUCGCUGUCCAGACCGGCCAUUCUGUCAAGGUGGUCUUCGCCAUUCGCCACGACGACGGCUAUACCAGCCACAUCCACGAAACAUCAGGCUGCCCUGACGACCUGACGGAUGUCGCCACAUGGAAGUAUGCGCAGAUUCAUCCAUCCAUCCACGAAUCACACGUGUUCUCCCGUUUCCAUGCGUGCAGCCCUGAGGACGAGUAUUUCGGUGGGUUUGAGCAGUCCGCCAUCACGGGCAUCGGUGAUGAGCUCGAUGAGGAGGACACUGCCACUCUGAAGAGGGUGGUUUACUGUCAUCUCAACAUGCCGCAGCCCUUUUCCCGCCCUGACACCGCUCUCAAGCAGACACAGGCUGCCACACAGACCGUCAAGGAGAUGGUCAGUGGGUUGGGAGGCAAAAAGAAAACACGGAAAGGGAGGGUGUCGAGUGCAGGCCCAUAUGACGCCACUGUGGAUGUGCUGCUGUGCGCUUCAGUUGGGUAUGUGUCGGGCGCACCCACACAAGACGGCCGGUGAUGCGUCUACGUUGGCCCGUGUGAUUGAGAAGGCACGCCAGAAUCGCCGCAAAGUCGCAGAGGAGGUCAGUCACCCCACCCCCACACCCCCACCCCCUGCCCUCUACACCAUGCCGUGUGUGUGUGUGUGGAUGUGUGUGUGGAUGUGCUGCGGUCCGCUAUGUGUCAGGACGAGGCCAUGGUGGCCAAUGACCGUGUGAGUGUGGAGCCGAGUGUGGUGAAGAAGAGGACCAGAAACAACCGCAAAGUCGCAGAGGAGGUCGUACACCCCACCCCCACACCCCCACCCCCUGCACCCCAUCGACGUCGCCUAAGGGGGCCUUGGCCGGAGGAUGUGGUCUGUGGGUGGGGGUGCCCAUCAACCCACACUCGCCCCGACCAACACUCUCGGUCUCUGUUUGUGUGUGUGUAUCGCAGAGUGUGAGGGUCCGUUCCAGUCGCAAACGUCGCCAUUCGCAGGUUGCCGCCAAAUCAGCCGCCCGGCCUCCUAAACUCAAGAAGGUGUGUGCCCCCUCCCCUCACCAUUGCUCUUCCCUCCUUCUCUGCCCCGUGACGCGCGCCUCAUCCAUCUCUGUUUGUUUGUGUGGCUGUGUGUUGUGUGUGUAGACUACCUCCGUCGCUGGUGUUGCUGCCGGUGUGCCGUCGGUGUCUGAUGCGGCCGAUGCCACACUCAAGAAGGGCCUCAACGACGACGCCUCUGGCGACACGCCCACGAUGGUGACACAUGACCCCCACCUCCCCAACGCACACACACACACACACUCAUUCACCUGAGACGUUGUGCUGUUUGUGUGCGUGUGUGUGUGUGUGUUGCUAGAUCCCACUCGAGGACGGCACAUCGGCCCCCCUGCCGUCCUGGUGGCAGGCGAUGUUGGCUGGCGUGUCGAUGGUUGAGGACUACGACCUCGAUGAGGGUUCUCGCCCCUGGGGGUGCACCUCCAUCAAAGUCCCACGCAACAAGACCCUGAGCUCCUUCAAGAAGUACCAGAAGGGCCUCGUCACCAUCAUCCACCGCGUUGGCUCAACAGAGACACACAAAGUUGUCUUCUGCCCAACUGACAGGUCUACACACGACGACAGCACACACACACACAUCAGCGACAGAGAGGUACUGUGUGUCACCACACAGAUUCGAGCUGUUCUUCAAGCGUGUUGUGACUGGGUGUGAGUGGUUCUGCGACAACGAGGAUGAGGCCGAGGCCCUCUUCAGCGAGCCGGUCGACGAUCAUUCACAACGCGAUCUCAUCAAGUGGGCCGCACGGACACCCAGGCACAACACACAUCACAGUGCGUCUCGCGGUGUGGUUGCGACGUUGCGUGCAGGACUGCUGGCGGCUGCGGUGUCAACUAUGACAAACACAUCAACCUGCUGUACGUGUUGGGCCACAUGUGCCUCAAUGCUGGGAUAUCGGUCCCGUUCACCCAGGCCGCGUUCGUCCGGUACGUCAAGCUGACCAACAAGGAAGACACGAGUGGGUACAUCACCAGGACAUAUUUGUGUCUGCAGGCUGAGGAGCUACUUCAACAAGACCCGUCGACUCGCCAACGCCGUCAACUAUGAGGAGAUGAACAGUCAGCAAACGCAACAGCCGGCCAAUAUGACGUAUGUAUGUGUUUUGUUUUCUCUCUCUGUGUGUGUGUGUGUGUGUGUGUGUCAGAGUUGCAUGAUGACGAUUGGGUCGAUUCAUUGAGGGCCACGUCUUUGCUGGCUGCGAUGGGCGACUGGGUGGAGAGGGGCAAGCCAGAGGACAACCCCGCCUUUCACAUAGCGAUCACCGUCAACGACCACCCCCGUAUGCAGACACGUGUCGACGAGGUCCUGCAGGGCGAAUACGAUCUCACCAUGCCCACGCUGACGGGUGAGGUGAGAUGGGUCGAGAAAUGAAUCGAAUCCUGUCCUCUUUCUGCCGUGUCAGCGAUCUAUGUCAAUCUCCUCUGACGAGCGGUGGGUGCGAGGGGGGACACGCAGGAACGUACGCCACGUCGCAUGGAUGCCCGAUAUGUACUUGUGAACAGUUGGGCGUCUCAUCAAGGAGGGUCCGUUUGCCGGCAAGUACAUCCCCAAAGAAGGAAACGUAGUCGUGUGUCUCCGUACGUCCAGCACGUGAUACCUCGCACCUCACCUUGCACGCGAAUCUGUGUGCCAUGCCCGUGUGUGUGUUUUUGUGCUUACGGUUGUGUGUCUGUGUGUGGAUGUAGCUGGUGCUGAGCUGCCGGGCAGUGUUGGACAGUGGAAGAAGAUGGUGGCCAACCCCGAGUACGCCCGUCGCCUCCCCCAGACGCGGGCGAGGUGUGGCAGAAGGGGGGCCCUCUGGCGGCUGGUCGACGUGGAUCGGAUCAACUCAAUCUCACCUGACCACGACGACAAAAGCCUACGCGAGGUGAACCACCGACCGGUCCCAGCCACACCACACACACAUGGCUGCAUUUAUGGUGUUGCCCAGGCGUUGGGAGGUCGGCCAGUCCGCGAUCGUGUGACCGCCGCAACACAUCCCGAGCUCGCCAGGGAGUGCAAGGACACGGUGGGCUAUACCUUCGACGAAAAAAAACAGGUGAACAGACAGACCAGUGGGCACACACAACAUGAAGGGGAAACAUUCCAUCCUCUGUGUGUCAUGCAGCGUGUGUCGUUCGCCACUGUUCGCCAUCGUAUCGCAACCGGCGUCCGCCUGCCCGGCAUGUCCGCCAAGAACGGCAUCCGGAAGGACAGUCAAGUGCAGAUAUACUCGACCGUCCUUGGUAAGCCUUACUUGGCGUGUGGAGUGCCGGUGCCUCAUGGUCAGCCGUUCAUGUCAGAGCACGGCCCAGCGUGUCUCGACGUCAUGAAGGCCCGGGUGGCCGAGUUGGUCCAGUUGCGUUUCAUCCACCCCCUGGCAAGCAAGACAAGAGGCCACAGACAAAGCAAAACCAACAGUCAGUGUGGGUGUGUUGCUCAGGUGGAGACCAAGGGCGAGGCGCAGGAACUGGCGAGGAUCGACGCGGCUGAGCGGGCCGGCGGGGUGAUGUAUCAUGGUGUAUCGCCCAGCCUCGGUCGCACCGAGGGCAACGUGCAGUUCAACCUCACCAAACUCGCCCGUGCGAUGGAAGUUUCGGUAUGCGGCGGCAAAAGAGACACACAGAGCCGAGACACGCCAGUGGUCGGCACUGUGAUAUUUGUUACGGGAGGGUGUUUGUGUGGGAUGGGUGACCGCCCUCCUCGACAUCAACGUUCACCGUCGCGACAGGUUUGGCCAUCUCAGGGCUGCGAAGAGGAUCGCCAACUACACCACCAGGACAUACGCAGAGAAGCAGGCAGAGGUGAGGGCCAUCCUCCGCCAGUUGAAGAAUCACCAGCCGGGUACGCGCACAUGCAGAGAAACACAACACAUGCACCCGUGCAUGUCCGUCGCUGUCCCUGCCGCACGACAGAUCUGCUCAUCCCGGCCACGUCGGCAGCCACGGAAGAGAAGGGAGGCCUGUGAUACACGCGGCUGUCAGUUUGUGUAAAGACUCGAAGUGCACCAUGUGUAUGAUCGCACGUACACUCAGUCAUGUGCAUUGAUCGCAUGAAUGUAUCGAUGAAUCCACACACCCAG